AAAAAUAAUUAAAUAUUUCAUUCAAUGAAAAACAAUUCAAUAUUUAAAAUUAAUAUAAACAUAACCUUUUUCUUCUAAAUAUAAACUUAAUCUUUUUCUAUAUAUUAAAUAUCAAUCUUGAAAAUAUUUUAAAUAGAAAAAAAAGAUGGAUUCUUGGGAAAAUUUAGAUCUAUAUGAAUUAUUUGGUAUAGAGAAAACAGCUUCUAUUCAAGAGAUCAAGAAAGCAUAUCGUAAAAAAGCUCUAUAUUGUCAUCCUGACAAAAAUCCGAAUAAUCCAAAGGCAAAUGAAUUAUUUCAUAAAUUGUCACAAGCAUUAGAAAUUCUUACUGAUAUAUCUGCUCGGGCAGCUUAUGAUAAAGUUAUUAAUGCAAAGCAUCAAGCAAAAUUACGUGCUAAAGAAUUUGAUUCAAGACGUAAAAAAUUAAAAGAAGAUUUAGAAACACGAGAAAAUGCUUACAAAAUAGAUUCUGACAUUAGAAAAGACAAAGAUAAAUUACAGAUUGAAAUAGAAAGAUUACAAAAAGAAGGAUCGAAACAAGUAGAAGAAGAAAUAGCAUUUAUGAAAAAAUAUUUUGAAGAACGAUCAAAAACAUUUUAUAAAGAAUCAGAAAUUGAUAGUGGUUCUUAUAAAUUAAAAGUAAAAUGGAAAUCUCGUAAAAAUCAAUCUAAUAAUAAUGAAUAUGAUUAUGAUACAUUGCAUCAAAUAUUUUCGAAGUAUGGGAACAUAACUGCUCUUAUUAUCUCGUCCACUAAAGAAGGCAGAGCAUUAGUAGAAUAUCGAGAAAAAAAUGAAGCAGAAAUGGCUUUAAAUGAACUUGGUUUAGCACAAAACCCAUUGAAACUUCAAAAAUUAUGGGAUGAACAAAAAAAAUCAAAUAUUUUUAACACAGGGACUGUUUACAAUGAUAUUAAUUUUACACAACAUACGGUAAAUCAAAACAUGUCAGAUAUUGAAUUUGAACAUUCUGUAUUGAAUAAUUUAAAAAAGGCUGAAGAAAAGAAAAGAUCUCUGAAAAAAUUGAAUGUGACCGAAAGCAUUUGAUUAAAUAUAUUAAUUAUUUUAAGUUAUUAAGCUGCAUUUUUCUAAAUAUCCAACGUGUAUAGAAUUGUUAUAUGCAAAUUAAGAGAUUGCAGUUUAUUCAUUAUUAUAUCAUAUUACUUUGUAAAUAUGUAUCGUCAUAUAAUUAAUAAAAAAAAGUUAACAAUCUUUUCUAAUAUAUUUAUGAGAGAUUUAUUCCAUUAACAUAUUGAAUUUAUUAUCUGUAAUAUUUAGAUAAUAGUUCAUCAUUUUUGUUUAAAAAAAUUAAAAUUUAGGUAAAGGUGACAUCUUUCCGUUCUUUUUGCCUUUUUUGUUUUUUUAAUUCUGUUUCAUCAAUAGGAGCUGGUUUAACAAAUGGAAUUUCAUUUUCAUAUUCCAUUGGCAUAAAUUGUGCAAGAACCUUUGGUACUUUGAUGCCAGUAUCAGUUUGAUGUACUUCCAAAAUCGCACAUAUAACACGAGUAACUGCACACAUUGUUGCAUUUAACAUAUGAACAUAAUCUGUAUUAGCAUUCAUUUUUUUAGUUUGGCCAUAUCUAGAAUACAUUGAUAUAUAUA